AUGCGUGUUGCAGUGCGGCCUCGCAGUGGCUGCCUGGUGAUCUGUCUGUGCAUGUCUCUGGUCACCCUGCUGCUCCAGAGCCUUUGGGUGCCGCUUGAGAUGACCGGUGAUGAAGUAGCUGGGAGAUCACCCGAGGAACACGGUCAGCAUGGGCUUGGUUUACAUCGGCUGGCGCUUCGCUUGGAGGCAUUGAAUACUCAGGUGCAAAGUCUGAGCAGAGACAAAGAAGACACCCAGAUGAACAGAAACGAUCUCAGCUUACUACUGCAGAGCUUUAAACAGGAUCAGCAAGGUUUGGCCCAUUUGCUAAAGACCGAGCUGCAGAGAGUGUCCCAGAGGCUUGAUCAGCUCAGUCAUCUUCAUCACAAUCAGGCUCAAAUACAGACACCACAUGAGGACAAUAGAUCACACUCAGGACCCAAUGAGAAGUGUGAAGUGACACUAGAUCCUGCAUAUCCAGCAUGUGUGGAGAAAGUGGAGUUCCUGCGUGCACAUUGGCAGUCAGACCCCUGUUAUGCUUUUUAUGGAGUGGAUGGUACGACGUGCUCUAUAUUGACAUACCUCAGCCAGAUAGAAGGCUUUUGUCCCCCUCGUCCCGGGCAGAACCCCUCUGCACUGCCGUGGCACCACAAGCCUCAGUCUUACACAAAGAAGACUGAUAUACGGGAGAGUCUGGACCCAGUGUACGACGCGAUCAACAACAGCAGCAGUUUGGCAGUUAAGUUCAUCCGUUCCAGAAUGGAAAGAAUGUCACAACGGUGGAUCGAGGCUGGUUUAAGGUUGAAGCAGAGCGACAACAACACAGGCUCAACUCAGAUGAAGGUACUGCUUUAUCCUGGAGCCCUGGCUGGGAGUGUCGGCCAGCAGUUUGAGACGAUGGUGGAAAGAGGCGGUCCUCUGGGAGAGCUGGUCCAGUGGGCCGACCUCAGUGCCUGCCUGACCGUCCUGGGACACGACCUGACCUUCAGCAGCUCACAGCGCCAGCUCCACAGGCUGAUAGGUGCCGCACCAGGACGUGGCAGCUGUCCAAUUCAAGGGCCUCUCACCUUUGACCUCAUUUACACCGACUACCACGGGCUUGCUCACCUCCAAGCAGCCAUGGGAAUGGCUUUCCAGCAUUACCAUUGCCGCUUCAGGAUCUUGGACUCAUUUGGGACUGAACCGGCCUUUAACCUGGCAAAUUAUGCAGAGAGCCGUGGAUAUAAAACCCUAUGGGGCAGCUGGGGUUUGCAGCCUCUGCAGUACAUGAACAUGUUCCCUCAUACUCCUGAUAAUUCCUUCCUGGGCUUUGUGAGUGAAGAGGCAGUGAAGACGGAGAGCACCGGGGGAGAGCUUGGCCCGGAGAGCUACAGGAAAGAUGGGAUAGCAGUUGUCUAUGGCAAACAGGCAUACAUGUGGCAGGGUAAAUCAGAGUAUGUGGAGGUGAUCAGUGAGGAGCUUGAGACUCACGCCACUGUCUACCAGCCUCCGGGACACAACUCCAUUCUGCCCAGUUUCGUCAGAAACCACGGAUUCCUGACUCAGGAACAAUUCCUACAACUUCUCCGCAGAGCCAAGGUGUUUGUAGGUCUUGGUUUCCCCUACGAGGGUCCGGCUCCCAUUGAAGCCAUAGCUCUGGGCUGUAUCUUCCUUCAGCCACGAUUUGACCCUCCACAAACAUCAGAGAACAAUGAUUUCUACAAGGGCAAACCCACCACAAGACAGAUCUCCUCCCAGCACCCGUAUGCCGAGGAAUUCAUUGGAAAACCGUAUGUGUGGACUGUGGACAUGACCAACAAGACUGAUGUUCGGGAGACAGUCAAGGCUAUUUUAAGCACCGAGGUGAAGCCUUUCACUCCUCAAGAGUUCACUUGUAUGGGAAUGUUGGAGCGGGUCCGUGGUUACAUCACUCACCAGAACUUCUGCAGUAAAUCUGUCCCUACUCGGCUACCAGAAAGUGCACUAAGGGUGCACCUGGGUCCACUGGGUCAGUCUUGUGUGGAUGUGUGUCAACGCUCCUCCCUCCUGUGUCAGCCUGCUCUCUUUCAUCACCUCAACACCCCUGCUACAUUCACCAGGCUCAGACUGGGUUGCACCAGCAUGGUGCAGGAAGUCAACCAUCUCUUUCCGUCCUACAGUCCUUGGGGUCGUCGUUGUGGCCUUCAACAGGAGCCUCUGCUGUUCAGUUGUGCAGGCUCUGACCCAUCACAUCGCAGACUGUGUCCCUGCAGUUCUUGACAGUUGGCACUGUGCCCUGACUGCUCUUGAGUUAACAAACUGCAGGAACAGCACGCAAAAGCCCUUUCCAGGUGGAUUCUGGACAGGUAAAGAUUCUCAGCCAAAGGGAUCCACAUGUCUUGCCAAAGUUUUUGCAAGUUUUGCAGCCUUUUUCUGUUGAUCU